AUGACCAGCCCUGCCUCCAUCGACUACGCACACGACAUCCGCCCCUACCUCCAGCUUCCUCAUCUUCUCUCGCUCACAUGGCUCGCCUAUCCGAUACUCUCCCUUGUCUUCGUCGUCUUCCGCCUCCAGCUCUCUGGAGACUCUGCCCAGGACGCCGUGGCGAACGCGAAGCAAGAUCUGCUCGCCAGCUGCAAGGCCGCUGAGCACGCGGCCACCUCCACCGCCAGUAUGCCCCGCUACCUCGCCGUUGUGUCCAACCAGCAAAUCUCCGACGCCGUCAACGGCACGAUGAACGCCGCCCGGGCUACCAUGGUCCUCGCCCUGACCGUUAUGGAGGCCAUAAUCAACUUCAUGAUCGACAUUUGGCGUUCGACUUUUCUCUGCUUUGCGGAGCUCGUCAUACGGGGAGCCCUCUCUAUUCUCAUUGGAGGCGUUAACGAGAUCAACUCUCUCCUCACUACGAGUUUCAACGGCCUUCGCACAGCUAUACAAGACACCAUUGGCGGAGCCAACGAUUUGCUGAACACCAUCAAGAGUGCACUACAAGCUCUUCCCCUCGGUGCCGGCGACUCGUUAGCAAACAAGAUCCAGACUUUCGACAUCCCGGACCUGUCGGCUCUGCAGAAUGUCGCGCUUCCGUCCGACAUCACGGGUGCGCUUCAGAACAUCAACAACUCCAUUCCGACCGUCUCUCAGCUCAAGGGCAGUGUAGAGAGCGUCAUUGACACACCGUUCGAGCUACUGAAGAAGGACAUCAACGACACCUUUGCCGGCAUUCAGUUCGACGUCCACGCUCUCCCCGUCCCCAGCCAGAACAGCGUCACGUUCUGCGACCAGAUGGACACGUCUAUCGUCGACGAUCUCGGGCGCGACCUCGUCAAGGCCGUCAAGAUCGGCACUGUUUUGCUCAUCGUCCUGAUCUUCCUUCUCAUCCUCGCGAACUGUGCUCUCGAGUGGUACAAGUGGCGCACGAUGAAGAAACACUUCACCUACAUCCGCGAAGGCAUGGCGUCUGACCCGGAUGUGGCCAAGUCGCACAGCCGUGACGGGCGGCUCAUGGUCGGGAUGUCUGACCACGACCUGAUGUCGAUCGAAGGCACGAUGAGCCACCCGCUGAUCACCAAGGGGGUCAACUGGCUCCAGGCGCUCCUCCGCCUGCGGAAGUCGCGCAAGGACAAGCUCAUCUGGUUCUUCCACUACGUCUUUCACCCUCCGGCUCUCGCGUGUUUCAUCAUCGGCGUGUUCGGCCUCAUCUCGGUCCAGCUCCAGCUGCUCGUCAUUGGACCCAUCCAAGCGCACUACCAGCAGCAAGCGGCGGCGUCCGUCGCGGACUUUUCGACGCUCAUCGCCACCUCGAUCAAUGCGAGCAUGUACAACGACUCGAUGACAUACGCCAACGACAUCAACACGCGCGUCGACCUCGUUCAGAGCACCAUCAACGACGGCAUGUUCGGCUGGGUCAACACCACGACGACAACGCUGAACACCACGAUCAACACUUUCUACACAGACGUGCAGAACAUCGUGAACACAAUCUUCGGGAACACGAUCCUCGCUGAGCCCGUGGAGGAGUUCGUGCAGUGCUUUCUCGGCAGCAAGGUCGACGCGAUUGAGUCCGCCCUGACGUUCCUUCACGACAACCUCCACGUCGACAUCCCGCGCGUCAACGACUCCGUUCUCGUGCUGUCUCCGCAGAUGGUCAACGAGGCUGCGCAACCCAUCGCCCAGGCUGCGAUCGGCACUAGCGACAGCGGCGACGGCACGGGCAGCGACGGGCUCGUUGGUCGCGUCAUCAGUGUUUAUGUCAAGUCCCUCGAAAAGGAGCGUAUUAUGUUCGCCAUCUUCGCCGGGCUCUGGCUCGUCGUCGUCUUCAUGGCGCUCGCGAUCCUCUUCUGGAACUCGUACGGACGUCGUUGCUGCGGCCGUCGCUCCAAGUCGUAUGAUGCGAAGGAGCCUACGGUUUUCUAUCCCGAGAAGAUGUUCAAGGAGUCGUCGCCGUCGGUGGAGGAGAAGGGUGAGGCCAUGCCCCUCCGCGACCCACCCCGCCGCAAGAACUGGUCGUUGCACAGGAUGAUCGCGCGCGAGGAGGCCCGGGGUGAGGUGCCGCCCAUCCCUUCCCGCGAGGAGCAAGGACAGAAGGACUGGGAUACUAUCCUCGACCACGCUGAUGUUUCCGCUCCGACGGACGCUCAACGACCGAAGGGAUCCAAGGUCACUGCCUUUAUCUCCAAGCUGAAGAAGAGCCGGUCUCGCUCGUCCGACAACGAAGAGUUCGUCCAGAGUGUGUCUUCCGAAGUCAACCCUUGGUUCGCCCCUCCUCCCGAGACCCAUCUCACCGACUCGCACUCUGCCGCGACCGCGCCCCGCCAAUCCCGUGCCCCACCGCCAGGCCUUUCUAUUCAGACCGAUCUUGUGAUGCGUCCCCUUGGGCUUCCUGAGCUCGCCCGGGACGUGCCACAGGAUGUGUCGCAGUCGACUCGCAGCUCCGCACAGCCCGUACCGAUGCCCCUCCCGCUCUACUACGGCUAUGAUGGUCCGACUUCACCCGUUUCAACGAUCCCGGCGAACCAGUUCUUGCGUCCGCCCCCGUUCCAUGCACGCCCCAAGCCCAAGCAGGUCGUGCUUGCGGUAGACCCGGACGCGUCGACGCCGAUCACACGCCACCUGAACACGAACCACGCGCGCAAGUCCUCGCAGGCGGUGGACCCGUUCGUGACGCCGUUCGACGACGAGCACCGCGUGAUGAAUCCGUUCGCCGCGGUAGCGGUAUAG